AUGAUCAUCAAAAAAAUUCAUAUUCAUAAUUCAUAAUAAUAAUAAUAAUAAUAAUUCAUUUUCCAUCAACUUCAUCCUCCAAUUUUUUCUAGAUUCUUUAAUUUUUCACAUAAUCUUUCUCUCAUUUUUCAUACUUAUAUAAAUAUAUAGAUUCUUCUUCUUCUUUCAUCAACCCCUCUAAUUUUCUCUCUCCUCUCACAAAUUUUACAUUCUAGAAUCUUCGAGGAAGUUCGCUAAUUCUCUCUCUAAUUCUGGGAACUUUUGUUCGUGGAAUCAUAUGUAGAAUAUGUGGAAUUAGAUUUUGGAAAUGAUCUUGGAAGGUCCAUAUUGCUAUGACGAUAACGGACUACAAGAAUUGGGUCACUGAGCUUUCGAAAGAGUAUCAGUUUGAAUAUCCAUGGGUUCCAUUUACUUCUGUAUUAUGUGGUAUCUUCGCCUGCAAAUUGGUAUAUGAUUUGUCUCACUUAAUCAAUGGUAUCUGCUUCAAACGCUACUCUACCCUUCUGAAGAUUAAACAAAUUGAAUGGGACAAUAGGGCUAUAUCAACUCUGCACGCAAUCUUUGUUACAGCUGUGUCGAUUAAUUUGGCAUUUUGGUCUGAUCUUUACUCUGAUGACCUACAACGGGGGUCCAUCCUAUUUCGAAGUUCAACGCUGUCAACAUUUGGUUUAGGGGUUUCAGUUGGAUACUUCCUUUCUGAUAUUGCCAUGAUAUUUUGGUUUUAUCCUGCUUUAGGUGGAAUGGAAUAUGUGCUUCAUCAUCUUUUGUCAAUGGGAGCACUAGCAUAUGCUAUGUUGAAUAGUACAGGGCAAUUCUAUACAUAUAUGGUUCUUCUUUCUGAGAUAACAACACCAGGGAUCAACAUGAGAUGGUAUCUCGAUGCAGCUGGGAUGAAAAAAUCCAAAGCUUAUGUUGUUAAUGGAGUGGGUAUAUUCUUGACUUGGCUGGUUGCUAGGGUUCUUCUGUUUAUGUACGUGUACUUUCACAUCUAUUCGCAUUAUGAUCAGAUCAAGCAGCUGCCGUGCUUUGCAUAUUUACUUACUCUAGUUGUCCCGUGUGUGCUUGGAGGCUUGAAUCUGAUGUGGUUUGCAAAGAUUACGAAAGGAAUGAUUAAGACAUUGACUGCAAAGAAGGAUUAAUGUAGGUCAAAAUUGCAUUUGUUACUCUGCAACUCUGUGCAUACUCUUUGUAAAUGGUAUAGAAGGUAAAUCAAAAUGAAGCUGACUGAUAUCAUACUGAAGCAAAAUCUCUAGCAGGCUGGGUAUGUGAUAGAAGACAUUCAUAAACUGGUGUACAAAUGAAACAGGAUCAGUGAAUAUGCAGUGGUAUUUUGUACACUUUACACGAUAAAGAAAAAAAAAUAGUGUAUUCAAAGAGAAUUUCUUCUGAUACGUCCUCAACUCUUGUAUAUCAACAUUGGAUGUAUAUAUGUAUAGACAUCCUCAUAUUUAUAAGCUUGGUUCAUCUUGUGAAACGAA